CACUUUUGUUAAGAACAAAACAAAUGUAGCAAGGAUAUAAGAAAAGAUUUUGAAAUUUUAAAUUUCAUAUUUUGUAACGUACACAAAGAACAAAACCACACAACAUCCAAUCGAAUCAAAAGAGUCGUGGUAUAAGAAAAGAAAUUUGGUAGUUCACCAUGAUGGCUCAUUGCAAUGUUUGAACGUUUUCGCCUUAGUAAUUUAAGUCGCCACUACCAAUUACGAACUACAGAACUGGCUCGAGAUAAGAAACAAAGACAACAAUGUAUUACAGUGCUAUUUCUCGAUGACACCACGCACACCUUUCGGAUAGAGAAACGCGCCAAAGGCGGUGAUUUACUGGAGCAAGUAUAUCAGUUUCUCGAACUAUCCGAAAGGGACUAUUUUGGCCUAUUAUUUCCCUCAAAACCAGGAGAUGUUGUGCGGUGGGUUGAUGCCCAAAAGCCUUUCAAGAAACAAUGCAAUAGUAUUGCUUUGGACAAUGACGCCGUACCACUGCUAGAAUUUAGGGUUAAGUUUUAUGUAAGUGAUCCCAGUCGUUUACAAGAAGAAUUUACACGUUAUCAGUUUUAUUUACAAAUAAAACGUAACAUAUUAUUGGGCAAGUUGCCAUGUUCACUUAAUACACAAUGUCUGUUGGCAAGUUAUACAGUGCAAUCUGAACUGGGCGAUUUCAAUCCCACGGAACAUCAGGCUGGUUACUUGAGUAAUAUGCAAUUAUUAGCUGAUCAAACCCCAGAUGCUGAACGCAAAAUAUCUGAACUACAUAAACUACACCGCGGUCAGUUGCCUGCGGAUGCCGAAUAUAAUUAUUUAGAACAUGCAAAAAGACUUGAUUUAUAUGGAAUUGAUUUACACAAAGCCAUGGAUUCCAAUGGCAAAGAAUUGCAAUUGGGUGUAUCGGCCAUAGGCCUAUUAGUGUUUCAAAACGGUUUACGGAUAAACACAUUUUCUUGGUCCAAAAUGGUCAAAGUUUCUUUUAAGCGUAAAGAUUUCUUCAUUCAGCUGCGCCGAGAACCGUCCGAAAGCUAUGACACUCUGUUGGGCUUUAGUAUGACAUCACACAAGCAUGCAAAAUCAUUAUGGAAAUCCUGUGUUGAGCAUCAUUCUUUCUUCCGACUGAAACGGCCACAUCGUUUAUCACGAUUUCUUAAUUUAAGCUUGGGAUCAAAAUUCUAUUACUCUGGGCGUACCGAAUUGCAAGCCGUACAGGAAUCAAAACAACGUGUUAAGAUCCACAAGGCCUUUGUACGUUCACCAAGUAAACGGCUUAUUGCUAUUGGACCAGGUGGCACUACAAUGUCCCCCUUAGCAAAUGGAGCCAGCGGCUCUGAUAGUAAUGGCAGUGUUUCUCACAAUGGUAAAGCUCCGUCCGCUAUUGCUGCCACACAUACGUCCAUUUUAACUAUAACAAAAACCAGCCGUCCACAUCAUGACAAUAAAGUUACGUCAAAACAAUUGGAUACAAUGCCUCGUAAAGCUUGGGAACAACAAAGUGAUGAAUAUGACAUCCAACUAGAUACUGGCUAUAUUGAUCAAUGUGGUCGCCGCUUUGAAUCUCCAGUACCCGCAUAUAGUACGGGAUCGCAUAGUCCAAACGGCACUCAAAUAUGUGCAGGCAUGAACCCUUACAUGAAUGGUUGUUCUACAGCCCCAGAAAGUGGUAGCGAUUUAAUAACAAUACGUUUGCUGGCCGAUGAACAUGGUCGUUUUGGAUUCAAUGUCAAGGGUGGCAUUGACUUGGGAUUGCCGGUUCAGGUGUCAAAAGUUGUGCCCCAUACGCCUGCCGAUCGUUGUACGCCAAGGGUUUGUGAAGGCGACGAAGUUGUCCUCAUUAAUGGCAGAGAAGUCACUGGACUGACACACGAACAAGUUGUCAAUAUGAUAAAAGAUUGCCGCAACACACGUACCGGCGAAUUGCUACUUACAAUGCGUCCUUGCUCAACAGGUCCAGCUCUAACCGAAGAAGAAGAACCUCUAUAUCAAUAUGUACCGGAAACUGACGAGAUAGGCUCACAUUCAAACCUGCUCGAUGGAGAUGCUCUGUUUACACAAAGUUUAUUGUUACUUAGCGAUGGCCUGGCUUCAGGUGCGCUUUUGGCUCAAUACGAAUUGAUGUAUCGUAAAAAUCCCGACCUGGCCAUAACGGAAGCCAGAAAACCUGAAAAUGUUGCUAAAAAUCGUUAUCGUGAUAUAUCGCCAUAUGACUGUACGCGCGUAACGUUAGUCAAUUGCUCGAGCGGUGAUUAUAUAAAUGCAAACUAUGUAAAUAUGGAAAUCCCAGGAGGCAUUAAUCGAUAUAUUGCCACCCAAGGUCCUCUGGCCUCCACAACAACGGAUUUCUGGCGUAUGGUGCAACAGGAAAGUAGUCACUUAGUUGUAAUGCUAACGACAGUAAUGGAAGCUGGCAGACAAAAAUGUCACCAAUAUUGGCCAGUAACAGGAGAUGAACUACAGUUGGGCGAGGGUUUGUGUGUGAAAUGUCUUAGUGAAAAACCAGACGAGACAGGAAGUUUUGUUUUUCGGGAGUUUCUGCUAUGUGACAGGCGUACUGGCGAACAACGUCAUAUACAACAUAUGCAAUAUCUUGCCUGGCCCGAUCAUUGUGUUCCCUCAGAUCCAAAUCUUUUCUUGGAAUUUGUGGAACGAGUUCGAAAUGCUCGCAAUCGUACAUUGCUGCAGGAAAUCGAAGAAAGUCUUAAACAAGUUCGGCUUUUAGAUGCUGAUGCUGAUGAAAAUGGUGGUAUUAUGGGCGAACGCAAAUGUGCUGCAAGUAAUGGUGUUACUCCCGAAGAUGAAACACCAGUUUCAACAAGUGUCCAUCAAUGUAUUAGUGCUGCUAAUCCACCUGUGAUAGUGCAUUGUUCGGCUGGUAUUGGGCGUACAGGUGUUUUGAUACUAAUGGAUACAGCAUUAGCCUUGAUGGAGGCUCGGGAACCAGUCUAUCCGUUGGACAUUGUGCGUACAAUGCGUGAUCAAAGAGCUUGUAUGGUGCAAAAUGUGAGCCAAUAUCGUUUUGUAUGUGAAUGCAUUUGUGCAGCCUAUAUGAAAAUGUCUCGAAAUAGUGCUUUAUUGGCACAAGAGGAUGAGGAUGAUGACGUUGGCGGUGAUGAUUAGACCAACAUUUUUGUGACUUUUGCGGAAGUAUUGCACGUGCCUCUUUAUUCGAAAAACACAAUAAUCUUUAAAAUGAACACUAUAUAUACACACACACGUUAUCGAGAAACGCAAACAAAUAAUAACACACAGAAUCAUUUACCUAGAGACGUGAACAAUUAUAAUUGAUAAUAUACACAUAUAUUUUUAUAUGCAACUUACAAUUACUAAACCCAAUUACAAUACGGAUACAAUUUACAAUUACAUAGAAGAUUACAACAUAUUGUAUACGCAUGUAUAAAAAAGAAAACCUUUACACCCAAAAAUAAUGGCGCAUCCAAAACUAGCAUUACUAUUUGAGUUGAAAUGCAUUAUGUUAAAAAUAUAAUGUCGUUAAAUUUGAAGUUAGAUUGCUUCUACGAUUCGGAAUGCAUUUCAAAUAUAAAUUAACAACAUAAACUUCAAAAUUAUCUUCCUUGUUUUCUUCCUUAAUGUAGAGAUUUAUAUACUAUUCAUAAGCGUAUUAUUGUGUAUUUUAUUUAAUAUAUUCAUCAUUAUAAGAUGAAUUACAAAAAUAAUUGUCCAUAUUCAUGAAUAUGUCUAACAAAAUUCCGUACCAGGAUGUUUUCUUGUUCUAUUAUUAUUUUAGGAUAUUAAACUUAAUCAAACACACACAAUUAAUAAACAAUUAGUAUUCUAGCACCAAAAAAUAAUAUUUAUGCGAUAAUAAAUUUCACAUACAAUUAAAUACAACAAUGAAAUACAUAUUUUAUUAUUCUAAGAAUUACUUAUACACUGUAGUUUGUGUCCCCUUUAAAGUUGUAUAAAAAAGUCCAAUUUAUUUUAUAAGAAAAUUUAAUAAAAACAAAAAAUCCAUAUUUAGAUACCCAACUGAGCAAA